CCUGUUCAAUCCGGCCACCAAUUGCUCCGCCAUGCCGCUCCCCAGACCCUCCUCAGCCCGCCUCGUUCGAGCUCUCGAGCUCCCCCAGAGCUAUGCGCCACCGGGGAAGUUGCACCCAAAUUUUUUCAAUCCCCGUAGACUGAGACUGGGGCCGACCUUCUUUUAUUCCAGACAGAUCGCAGGAUCGCGGCGAUGCAUGUCAGAGGGUCCUCCGAAGGCCAAAGCGAAUCCAUUGGAGGAGUGGCGGGACCCGAAGCCCAGCAAAUGGCCGAACAGGAUACGACUUCUGAUGGUGCCCUUCAUUGGCGCUAUAAUAUACUCCAUGUACACAGAUGAGCGCAAAACGUACACCGAGCCCCCCACCAUCGCGGAGAAAGAUGCCCUCUCCAAGCGCGAAAACGGCAUCUCCGAGCACUCGCCCAUGCGCCUCCGCAUGGAGCAAUUCAUCAAGCAGCACCAGAAGCAGAUCGUAGCCGAACUAGAAAAGGUAGAUGGGAAGAAAUUCCAGAUCGACACCUGGCAGCGCCCCGAGGGUGGCGGCGGCAUAUCCUGCGUGCUCCAAGAGGGCAAUGUCUUCGAGAAGGCCGGAGUAAACACAUCAGUAGUAUACGGCCGGCUCCCGCGCCCCGCCAUCCAGAAGAUGCGCGCCAACCACAAAGCGCUGGACCCCGCCGUCGACAGCCUCGAAUUCUUCGCCGCCGGCCUGUCCAUGGUCCUACACCCCUCGAACCCCAUGGCGCCGACCGUCCACCUCAACUACCGCUACUUCGAGACCGCCGACGAGAAGGGGAACACAAACGCCUGGUGGUACGGCGGCGGCUGCGACCUGACGCCCUGCUACCUCUUCAACGAAGACGCAAUCCACUUCCACAAGACGAUCAAGGCGGCCUGCGACAAGCACGACCGAGCCUACUAUCCGCGCUUCAAGAAGUGGUGCGACGAGUAUUUCAACAACAAGCACCGCGGCGAGACGCGCGGCGUAGGCGGCAUCUUCUUCGACGACCUUGAUGACGCGGAAAAGGACCAGGAGCAGCUCUUCGCCUUCGUGCAGGACUGCUUGUCCGCCUUCCUGCCCUCGUACAUCCCGAUCAUUAAUAGAAGGAAGGGCAUGCCGUUCACAGAGGCGCAGAAGCAAUGGCAGCAGCUGCGGAGAGGGCGGUACGUCGAGUUCAAUCUUGUGCACGAUCGCGGGACUGCGUUUGGAUUGAAUACGCCCGGUGCGAGGGUGGAGAGUAUUUUGAUGAGUCUGCCGCUCACGGCGAGGUGGCAGUACAUGCAUGCGCCAGAGAAGGGAAGCAGAGAAGAGAGGCUAUUGGAGGUGCUCAAGAGCCCCAAGGAGUGGGUGUAAAUAUGUACCAUUACAUGUAUAUGAAAAGCUCGAAAAGUGAAUAUAACGUUCUAGCAUAGAGGGCUCUCGGAC